UCUUCUUUUCCCUUGCUCUAGCUAGUUUAUAGAUAUCCAACUCUCCUUCUUUGGUAUCUAGUUUAUAGAUAUCCAACUCUCCUUCUUUUCCCUUGCUAUAGGAGAUGAAGCAAUUCAAAAAAAUGGUGACGAACUCUUGGAGAACAUUGUGGAGUCAUCAUCAGCAGCCAUUUCUAUACCCUACAAGGGAAACAAAGAUUCUGACAGGGAAGGUGACAGAGUGACUGAUCUAAACAAGACACCGCAGCAGAAACCAUCGAAGCGAAGAAAACACAGGCCCAAGGUAAUCAGAGAAGGCAAACCCAAAGGGAAACCAAAGCCUACAACUCCAAGCAAUACAGAGUCUAGGGAGAACCAACCAGCAAAGAGGAAGUACGUAAGAAAGAAUGUUCAAAAGGAAUCCCCAAGUCCACUGGCAAAUCGUAUAAGGGAGACAAUAGACCCUAAAACUGGAAAAGGUGCAAAAUCAUGCAGAAGAGCUCUAAAUUUUGAUUCGGAAAAUACCAUGGAUGAAAACCAAUGCAAAGCAGUUGGUCAACAAGAGGAGAUGCAGCAAGGGAUCAAGAUGAAUUUUGAUUCUCAAGGGACACCUAUGGUCCCUGUAACUAACCAGGGAUUUAAAGCCAGGCCAGCAAAGCAAAGUGUCCUACAGAACGAAUUGAUGGUACAGAACCAGAUUCCAGGAACUAUGAGUAACUUUACCUCUUCCAUGAAUCUUAUGCCAAAUAACUUUGUAUUCCUCCCAGAAAGGCGACCAUUGGCAUUCCUACUUACUACAACAAAAGACAUGCAUCCGAAAAAUUUGCAUGUUAUGGGGAGACAUGUAGAAUAUGGGAAUUAUGAUUUAUGCCAGAGAAGAUGCAGAGAUGGAUACACUCCCUUGCAGCAACAUAGCCAUAAUGAAGGAAUGUGUCAAGAUAUCAUUCAAGCAAAAACUAGCAGUGAGAGCCUUCAGAUAAAAGAAAAUAAUACAAUAGACCCUAAUACUGGAAAGGGUGACUCUCACUCGGUACUAAAUAUCUUCUCCCUCUCCCUUCCAAGUGAAGUAAAGGGAUCCAAGAGGGAGUAUUGUCGAACCGUUGAGCAUACACAUCUUUCUACCAAUCUUCCACCUAGUUCAUUGUCUUGCCAAGAGAUACAUCAAAUGGAUGGCCAUCAGAGAGUGCUAAGCCAGGAUUUUUCACAUAAGAAACAGAAAUUCGAGAAUGGGUACUUGGGCAUCUAUAAUAUGCCUUGUGAAGUUACACCAAUUGAGGAGCGUCUGGGGAAAUUUGAAAGAACAGGGCAAAAUAAAGUCAACUCAAAUGGAUUUGCAUCAAAGAAACAUACAAUAUUGAGUUCUUCCAUUGAAAGCAACAAAAGGAUGGACAGACAGAACAAAGGGAUGGGCAAGUUUACAAGUGACAGAUACACUUACUUAAUCACUUCUGGGAAUAAUUUUCUAAAUCCCCAGAUUUCAUCCAAUUCACAUUCGUGCCAUGAUUUCACUCAAGGUCUUUGUUUUUCCACCCAUUCCACGAUUGAAACCUGUAACCAGCUAGCCUCAUCAUAUCCCAAAAAAUCCUUUCAACCAGGAAACAAGCAGGUAUCUCAAACUCGCCAUGAUAACAUGUUAAAAAUGAAGCAGACUGUGGGACCCACAAAGGCGGGUAUAGAUAAUGUCCUGCAAGAGAAGGAUGCCUCAUACAAUUAUCAGCAGCCUUCUUCAAAAGCAAUCGGGUUUCAAGUAAGAGGACAUACCAUAUCAAUAGAUAACAUCAUACAUGAGUUUAAUAAUCUGAACCUCAAUGGAAGAUGCAGCAAAAUGUUAGAGCAUAAGCAAAAUGCCCUUGUUCCAUACAAAGGAAACAGUGCAGUUGUUCCCUAUGAAAGAUUUAUCAAGAAACAUAAGCCACGGCCUAAAGUAGAGCUUGACCCAGAAACAAAUAGGAUAUGGAAUCUUUUGAUGGGCAAGGAAGGAAGCGGAGGCAUUGAAGGAAAUGAUAAGAAAAAGGAAAAGUAUUGGGAAGAGGAAAGAAAGGUUGUCCAAUGCCGAGUUGAAUCAUUCAUUGCACGCAUGCAUCUUGUUCAAGGAGACAGACGUUUUUCAAAAUGGAAAGGAUCGGUUGUUGACUCAGUGAUUGGAGUUUUCCUUACUCAGAAUGUUUCAGACCAUCUAUCAAGCUCUGCCUUCAUGUCUUUGGCUGCACGAUUUCCGCUUAAGUCAAGCAAUCACCAAGCUCAACAGAAGGUUGGGACAAACAUAUUGGUAAAAGAACCCGCAGUUCACAUGACAAGUCCAGAUGAUGUCACCAAAUGGCAUAAAUAUAUGUCAAGUCGGCCAAUCUAUCACCUGAUUUCUAGGACACUCUGUGAAUCUGAAGAUAACCAGAUGGAGAAAGAAACCAAGAAGGUUCAUGUUUCCCUUUCAGCACGUCAACAGAUGGAGAAAGCAACCAAGUUUCGUGACGUUUACAAUCAAGUAAAUGGAAUUUCACUGUCAGAUGACAGAUCCAAGAAUGGGCAUAUUAGAUAUGCACAGCUAAAGAGACGAUCAGACAGAGCCUAGGCACUCUUCAAGGAUUCAAUCAAUCUUGACAAUAAAAAAAUGCAACUACAAGUUGCUCCGUCCAGCAGCAAUCAGUUUCACAUGUACCCAGAUUCUGGAGAACCAGAGCUAUGGAGGUUUGGAAAUUUCAGUGAGGAAAGCAUAUCCUCUUGGCCUUCAACUGCUUCCAGGUUUAAUAUUGAACACGAAGAAAAUUGCAAGAGCUUAAGAACUGAAGAACUGUCAGGAAGCGUCAUUAAUUCCUCCAUGCAACAGAAUAUUUUGUGGAGUUCUCAAGAAAAACCAACAAAGGACCUGUAUCCAUCUUUGAAAGAGCACUCGACAGACCAGCAAGGGUAUUCUGAAUUAAUGUCAAGCAUGGGAGAUAAUCAACCUUCCCACUACAGUCACCAAUGUGAGGGAAACCUAACCUUCAAAUCAGAAAAUACAUCAGUCACAGAGCCUGUAAAACAUACUGAACCACUUUUGCGAAAUAAGACUGGUAGCAUGCAGCAUGUCCAAAAUGUACAAAAACUCCAAAAGGAAGAAAAGGAAAGUAGAAAAACUCCAAACGAAAAAAAAGGAAAGGCUGAGGGCGAGAAAAAGAAUGCAGUUGACUGGGACAUUUUGAGAAAGCAGGCACAAGCCAAUGGUAGGAAAACAGAAAGAAAUAGAGGUACAAUGGACUCUGUGCACUAUGAAGCACUCAUAAAUGCUAAUGUCAAAGAAAUAUCUGAUGCAAUCAAGGAGCGAGGGAUGAACAACUUGCUAGCAGAACGAAAGCAGGAAUUCCUAAAGCGACUGGUUAGAGAACAUGAAAGCAUCGAUCUGGAAUGGUUAAGAGAUGUUCCCCCUGAUAAAGCAAAGGAUUAUCUAUUAAGCAUACGGGGAUUGGGCUUGAAAAGUGUGGAGUGUAUCCGGCUUUUAACACUUCACCACCUUGCUUUCCCGGUUGACACAAAUGUUGGAAGGAUAGCAGUAAGACUGGGAUGGGUCCCCCUCCAACCAUUACCUGAAUCACUGCAGUUACACCUCUUAGAACUGUACCCAAUGCUGGAGUCGAUUCAAAAGUAUUUAUGGCCAAGAUUAUGCAAACUUGAUCAACUAACCUUUUACGAGCUGCACUACCAGAUGAUUACAUUUGGAAAGGUAUUUUGUACAAAGAGUAAACCGAAUUGCAAUGCAUGUCCAAUGAGAGGAGAAUGUAGACACUUCGCAAGUGCUUGUGCAAGUGCAAGACUUGCCCUGCCAGGGCCAGAAGAGAAGAGAAUUGUCAGUUCAAAUGUUUCCAUUGAAGCCGAGAUAAAUCCCGCAAUAGCUGUCACUCCUAUGUCACUGCCUCCACCUGAGAACAACUCACUCCAGAUAGCAGGUACUGUAAUUAAAGAGUGUGAACCAAUAAUCGAAGAGCCAGCAACGCCAGAACAAGAGUUGACUGAGCUAUCGGAAAGUGAAAUUGAGGACUUCUUCUAUGAAGAUCCUGAUCAGAUUCCUACCACCAAACUCAACAUGGAAGCGUUCACAUCAACAUUACAAAACUAUAUGCAAGAGAAGAAGCUCCAAGAAGGUGACAUGUCCAAAGCCUUAGUUGCCUUGAAUUCAGAAGCUACUUCUAUCCCUACGCCCAAGUUGAAGAAUGUCAGUAGACUACGAACAGAGCACCAAGUGUAUGAACUACCUGAUUCGCAUCCACUCUUGGAAGGGAUGGAUAGACGGGAACCAGAUGAUCCAAGCUCAUACCUUCUAGCUAUAUGGACACCAGGGGAAACUGCAAAUUCAAUUCAACAACCAGAAAGCAGGUGUGGCUUCCAAGAUCAAAACAAAUUGUGCAAUGAGAAGACAUGCUUUUCAUGCAAUAGUAUAAGAGAAGAAAAUUUGCAAACAGUCAGAGGGACGAUUUUGAUACCUUGUAGAACAGCAAUGAGAGGGAGCUUCCCCCUCAAUGGCACAUGCUUUCAAGUUAACGAGAUGUUCGCAGAUCAUGAAUCUAGUCAUAACCCAAUUGAUGUUCCAAGGGGGUGGAUAUGGAAUUUGCCAAGACGGACUGUAUACUUUGGAACUUCAGUAUCAACAAUUUUCAAAGGUCUAUCAACAGAGGGAAUUCAAUACUGCUUUUGGAGAGGAUAUGUUUGUGUGAGGGGAUUCGAAAGGAAAACAAGAGCACCACGGCCCUUAAUGGCCAGAUUGCACUUCCCAGCGAGUAAGAUGACCAAGACAAAAAAUGAAGAGAAGAAAUAAAACUGACCGUGAUGGCACAGAGAAGAUUAUUCAUCAGAUAUACAGAAGACUACUGACUGUGAGAAGAACAAUGACUAACAAAUUCUAGCACAUUUAAUUAUUCUUCCUCUAGCAUGAGAUGCACACAUUAUAUGAUGGGCGGGCAGCGGAAAGCCAGCACCAUUCAGGAAAUGUGAGUUCUCGUGACGAGUUGAUUGUAUUCUGUACAGAAUAGUUCAAUAAAUUCUGAGAAAUGAGUAAUCCAUUCAA